UUUCCUUCAUCUUCCUUCGUACCUUCCUACAAGUUGUGAGUCUGGUUCUUGAAUACAUAUUUUUAUUCAUUUUUGUGCUGAAAACAUUGCAUAUAUAAACACCGAGAAAGUUGACCAGAUUAAAAGCAUUUUCUGAAGAACAUCUUUUUGAAACUUCAUAUGGAAUUCAACAGCCUGCUAAAUACUUCAUUGGAUCUCAAUGCCACACCUUUAAGAUUUCAAGAUGAGAGAGGUGCUUUGGUAGAUGAACUGAACCGAGUUAGUGCUGAAAACAAGAGGCUCACAGAAAUGUUAGCAGUAGUGAGUGAGAAUUACAAAGAUCUGCAUAACAAAUUAAUGGAGAAUAAUAUCAAGAAUCCAGGAAUGGAUAAUACUGCAGCAUCAAGAAAGAGGAAAACUGAAAUCAAUGGCUCAGCUUCUGAGAGCAGCUCUAGUGAUGAAGAAUCAUGCAAGAAACUAAGGGAAGAACACAUCAAAGCAAAGAUUUCUCGGGUUUUCAUUCGAACACAAGCCUCCGAUACUAGCCUUAUAGUUAAGGACGGAUAUCAAUGGAAGAAAUAUGGACAGAAGGUGACUAGGGACAAUCCUUGUCCAAGAGCUUAUUUCAAGUGCUCUUUUGCUCCUACUUGUCCAGUCAAAAAGAAGGUUCAAAGAAGUUCAGAGGAUCAAUCCAUUCUAGUUGCAACUUAUGAAGGGGAGCACAACCAUCCACAAGUGUCCAAGCUUGAGAUGACUUCGAGCUCGAACCAUUAUGUGACACUUAGCUCGGUCCCUUGCUCGACCAGACCGCCCAUUACCCUUGAUCUAACCAGACAAAAGACGAGCAGCAAAGUUAAUAGACCAGAAUUCCAGCAGUUUUUGGUUGAACAAAUGGCUUCUGCGUUGACUAAAGAUCCCAACUUCAAAUCAGCACUUGCAGCUGCCAUUUCUGGAAAAUUUCUUCAAUAGACUGAAAUGUAGAUGGUCAAAUGAAGAGCGCCUUUUUUGUCAUUUGACUAUUGGAAAGCAUUAACUGAACCAAUUGAUGCAAAUUCAUGCUGACAAAAAGAACCAAAGAGUUGUAAACAAGUUUGGAUUAGUCUUCUUUAACUAGAAAUAACCCAAUUUGGAGCAAGCUCCGACCUUGGGUUUAAUAGGCUCGAUCUGGUCCAUCUAAGCUCACAAAUCAUGGAAUGAACAAUGUUAGACAGAUAACGACUCUAAGGCCCUUUUUGAUUUAGAUAAAAACCAUUUUUAUUGGGUAGAUUUUCGUAAUAUUUGAUAGAAUGCGUGGUUAAAAAGUUGUGGAUCCUAUAAAAUAUAUUAUUUUAAUUAAUUG